AUGGAGCCCAUUGAAUAUUCCUCAGAAGUGAAGGAUUUACUUAAGUUUGACAGAGAGCAUUUAUGGCACCCAUAUGCUAAUAUCAGUGACCCGAUUACAGUGUACCCAGUGGCGUCAGCAAACGGAUGCAAAAUCACGCUCGACUCCACUACCCCAGCUGAAAAUACUGUUGUGGAGGCGAUGUCUUCUUGGUGGUGUGUGAUUCAUGGAUAUAACAAUCCGGAGUUGAAUCGCGCUAUGUUCGAUCAGAUCGGCGAAGUAUCACAUGUUAUGUUUGGAGGACUAACACACAGACCUGCAAUUGACCUGGGCCAAAAAAUUAUAAAAAUCCUUGAUCACACAAAACUUCAAAAGGUUUUCUUAGCUGAUUCUGGUUCUGCUGCAGUGGAAGUCGCAAUGAAAAUGGCCCUACAAUAUGAGUUUAGUAUUUCGAAUGGAGAGUCGAAUAAGAGCAAAUUUUUGACAAUUAGAAACGGCUUUCACGGCGAUACUUUUGGUGCUAUGAGUGUUUCUGAUCCAGUAAAUUGCAAGCACUCCAUAUACAAAAAUAAUGUUGCUAAAAAUAUUUUUGUAAAGGCACCCACUGUGAUUACCACCCUUCCAACCUCUGAUAUAUGUCUAGAGAAUCCGGACUUAUUCGCGGAAACUACAAAAUGGAAUGAGGGAGACUUUUCUGAAUUCAAGCAGGCGAUAGAGCAAGAAGGGGACCAAAUUUGUGCCGUUAUCUUGGAGCCUUUGCUUCAGGGCGCAGGUGGUAUCAGAUUGUAUCAUCCCCAGUUUCUGAUUGAGGCAAGAAAAAUAUGUAAUGAAUACGAAAUACCUUUCAUUAUGGAUGAAGUCGCGACGGGGUUUGGUCGCACCGGCGAGAUAUUCGCAUUUAAACAUUGCGAAAAAUAUCAAAAACUUUUAGGCGUUUCUGCUGCAAAUAUGGUAGAUGUUUUUCCAGAUAUUAUCUGCAUAGGUAAGGGAUUGACCGGUGGAUAUAUGACACUUAGCGCUGUUGUAACGACUCCAGAAAUCGCCACGGGAUUAUCCUCACCAAAUGGACCCACUGGGGGCUAUUUCAUGCACGGCCCAACUUUUAUGGGAAAUCCUUUGGCUUGUAGUGUAGCAGACAAAUCCCUCGAAAUUUUAUUGAGGGGAGAAUGGAAAACCCAGGUUAGCAAUAUCGAACACCAGCUCUUUAAAGAGCUAUAUGUUGAUAUUACAAAGGAUGAAGAGCUUAUGGCCCAUAUUGUGGACAAUGUGAGGGUUUGCGGCGCAGUUGGGGUAGUGCAGUUGAAAGAUACCAUCGACAUCCCUUGGUUUCAGCAGCAAUUUAUUGCACGGAAUGUUUAUAUCAGACCUUUUAGAAACCUGUGUUAUAUUAUGCCUCCUUUCGUGAUUUCAAAGAAAGAGCUUGAACAGGUUACCAAUGCAAUCAAAGAGGUACUUAAACUUUGUUUAAGUCGCAAGAUUGAGGAUGUCAAAAUUUGA